AUGAAACGCAUCAUUAUCGCCUACGAUGGAACUGGCCAAUCCGCCAGCCACGGCGACUGGUCCAUCUACACCAAUGUCAACCGUCUCUGCCAUGCCCUCCUCAACUCACCAGACCUCCCUGUGCAGCAACUGGUCUUCUACGUCUCCGGCGUCGGAACACAAGAUCUCGGUCUAGGAGGAUUUGGUACCGUUAUCCAAGGAGCAUUGGGUGAAGGCGUGGAAGAGAACAUGGCGGAUGGGUAUGCGUUUAUAGUAAACAAUUACCUCCCCGGGGACGAACUAUUCGUAUUUGGGUUCUCGAGGGGCGCAUUCACAGCGAGGGUUUUAGCCAAUAUCGUUGCGCGGUUGGGCGUGUUUUCUAAACCCUAUUCGUGGGAGUUCAAGGACGCGUUGUCCGAGUAUAAGAAGGGCAAGGAGGCGUUUGAGGCGUUUUUGGGAGUCCUUGGGAAACGGGAGAAAGGGGUGUAUAUUCCAAGGCUGUAUGAAGUGAAGGUGAAGGUUGUUGGAUGUUGGGAUACGGUUGCGAGUUUGGGGAUCCCGUGGCGGCCAACGUCGAAUGCUGGAGGUGUGUCGGGGGAUUAUGAGCAUUUCGAUGGUGGGCUUUUUCUGUUUCACCAUUUCAUAGGUAUCGAGAAUGCGUUCCAUGCACUCGCCCUGGACGAGUGCAGAGGGCCAUUCACGCCCACGAUGUGGUACCUUCCCACGGAUAAAGACGCCGCGAACUGCAUCAACCUAAAACAAACAUGGUUCCCGGGCGUACACAGUAACGUCGGGGGCGGCUACCCCGACCAGGCCUUAGCUGACCUGAGCCUUUCCUGGAUGAUCGACCUGUGUCGACCCUUUCUCUCCUUUGACCUGGCCAAUAUCAACCUUGAAAUCGAUCUCUCACUGAACCCGUGGAAGAUCAGGUCAAAGAAACGGAUGGCGCAUAAGGACGGGCCGCCGGAUGUUGAGUGGAAGGGGUGGGCGUGUGGGAAAUGGUAUGAUUCGUAUAAGAAUGGGAAGACCUGGAGCUGGAAGUAUAGGACACCUGGGAUGUACGAAAAUGAGAGAGAACUGGAGAAGGGGGAUACAAAUGAGACUAUGCAUGCGUCCGUCAAGGCGAGGUGGGAUAUGUUGAGGCCCAGCUGGAGACCAAAAGCCCUGGAGGGCUUUAGGCCUGAGGUGAUCGAGGGUGGGGGAAUCGAGUGGGUGAAGAGGGACAGCAAGGGAAAGGAGUUGUUGAUGAUCAAAGAAGAGCCAUUUUUGAAGCGAGAGCCUGCGAAGCCUGAUUUCAGCGCUGAGUGGAUGUUGCGGUAUACGCCUAUUACUCCGAAGCCUUCGGAGCAGACGUCCACGUAG